UUUGAGCGGGUUCCAGCACCCACGUUGAUUUCUACGCGAGGAGCGGAGUCUGGGUCCUAACCGGAAGGGCCCUUAGAAGGAGGGAGGCUGUCCCCACUAUUGCCUGUAGUGCAGAUUGACUUGCAUAGCGAAUCAAGACUCCUCCUCCCUCUCGCUGUGCUGAGCGCCGCGAAACUGAGUUGACGGUCGCCGCAUCCUUAAGAUAUUCACAUUCGGGGGGAAAGUCAACCGGCCGUAAGUACGGUGGCCGCAAGGGAACGUUGCAAACAUGGCGGCCGCCAUAGCCACGGUGGUCCGAAGAGGCUGCAGUUCCGGAGUCCUUAGAGCCGCGUGGCGAGGCUACAUCUUGAUUCCAGGGUCUGGAGUCAAUUACCAGUAUGCUGCCUUGGCAUGUGCUGUACAGACACAUUGCCACAUUUCUGCAUCUCGUGACGUGGCAAUUCAACAGUGCCGGCACUACAGCUUUUUCAACAAAUUGACAGCUGAGGAACUCUGGAAAGGGGUUUUGGCAGAGACUGGUGCAAGUGGAAAGAAAGGAAGAGGGAAAAGGACCAAGAAAAGGUUAAGGAAGGAUCUCAACAGAGGCCAGAUCAUUGGUGAAGGACGCUCGGGUUUCCUUUGGCCUGGCCUCAACACUCCUCUGAUGAAACAAGGAGCUGUCCAGGCAAUCAGUCAGCGAGAUAAAGAGGAGCAGCAGAAGCACCAGGCAGAAAGGAUCCACCUGCAGGAAAUGUGGGACAAGAAAAGAAAAACAAGGGUGAAGAGGGAGAGAGGGUGGACCGGAAGCUCUUGGGGAGGUGUCAGUCUAGGACCCCCCGAUCCAAGCCCUACUGGAGAAACCUAUGAAGAUUUUGAUUCAAGAGUAAUUGAGUUGAAAAGCGUCUUUAAUAUGACGGCAAAGGAGGGCAGAAAAAGAUCUGUUAGCGCCCUGGUGGUGGUUGGCAACGGGAACGGGGUUGCUGGCUUUGCGCUGGGGAAAGCAUCCGAGAGGACGAUUGCUUUAAGAAAAGCAAAGAACAGAGCUAUUCUGCGGUUGCACUAUGUUGAAAGAUACGAAGAUCACACGAUUUAUCACGAUAUUGCAAGCUCUUUUAAGAGAACAACCAUCCGGAUGAAGAAGCAAAACAAGGGAUAUGGUCUUCAUUGCCACCGGGCUAUCAUUACCAUCUGCAAGCUUAUUGGGAUUAAAGACAUGUACGCCAAGCUUUAUGGAUCAAAGAAUUUGCUGAAUCUCACCACAGCGCUUUUCAAGGGAUUAGCAAAUCAGGAAACUCACCAAGACCUAGCAAAUAAGAAAAGCCUCUAUGUCGUGGAAUUUCGUGAGGAGUGUGGCCCUCUGCCUCUCGUUGUCGCGAAGCCCAAGGGGACACUCAGAGAAGAUCCUGAGCCCAUGGAUGAAGUUCCUGAUGUCAAACUGGAGUGGAAAGAAGUGAAGGCAGCACAAGGGAUGAACAAGAAUGUCUGGUCAAAUGUCAAAAGAACAAUUUGGUAGAUUUAGAAGCACAAAACCCAAGGAAGAUGCAGCAGCAUCACAUGACGUAGAAAUAAUGUGUGUUUCACAAGAUAUGCACCGAGUGAAGAUUCCUACUUGGUUCUCAUGAUGUCCACAGCGGUUGUAACUUGGGGGCUCUAAACGACUUGGCCGACAUCCCUCCAGUUGGCAAUUCUGUGUUGAAUGCAAACAGCUGAUGUGCCGAGCGCUGUGAUUUCACAAAUGCAUCUGCUUUAUUGCUUCUGGCCCAAAGCGGUGGAGUGAUGGGAGAGUCUGUAACCAACAGGUUUAUUUCACACGUAACUUGGGGAAAUGUAUGAAACCACAUGGCAGAAAUAAAGUUGUAAUCAAAUGCCA